CCAGUGUCUGCGCCUGCGCUGCGCCCAGGUGGCGGCUCAGAGCUCGUCAGCUAGCGUGUUGGCUGGAAGGCCGUUAGGCUUCCGGACCCGCUGGGACCCAGUCUCUACCGUGAGGCGUCGGGGCGUCGGGGACCAUGCACCGCAGCCGCCAGGUGACGUGCGUGGCCUGGGUCCGCUGCGGCGUGGCCAAAGAGACGCCAGACAAGGUAGAGCUUAGUAAAGAAGAAGUGAAACGUCUCAUUGCCGAAGCAAAGGAAAAAUUACAAGAAGAAGGUGGCAGUGAUGAAGAGGAGACAGGUGAUCCUUCAGAGGACGGCAUGCAGAGUGCCCGUACCCAGGCACGACCGAGGGAGCCCUUAGAGGAUGGCGACCCAGAGGAUGACAGGACCCUGGAUGAUGAUGAGCUGGCCGAAUACGACCUAGAUAAAUAUGAUGAGGAAGGUGACCCAGAUACCGAAACUCUUGGUGAAUCUCUGUUGGGUCUUACAGUCUAUGGGAGUAAUGAUCAAGAUCCUUAUGUUACUCUGAAAGAUACGGAGCAAUAUGAACGGGAAGAUUUCUUGAUUAAGCCCAAUGACAAUCUCAUAGUUUGUGGCAGAGCUGAACAGGACCAGUGCAAUUUAGAGGUACAUGUUUAUAAUCAAGAAGAAGAUUCUUUUUAUGUACACCAUGAUAUCCUGUUGUCUGCAUACCCUCUGAGUGUGGAAUGGCUGAAUUUUGAUCCUAGCCCAGAUGAUUCGACUGGAAAUUAUAUUGCUGUGGGAAACAUGACCCCCGUUAUUGAAGUGUGGGACCUUGAUAUAGUGGACUCUUUAGAGCCAGUCUUCACACUUGGAAGUAAGCUAUCAAAAAAGAAGAAAAAGAAAGGAAAGAAGAAUUCCUCAGCAGAUGGGCAUACUGAUGCUGUCCUUGACCUUUCUUGGAAUAAAUUGAUCAGAAACGUGCUGGCAAGUGCAUCAGCUGAUAACACUGUAAUUCUGUGGGAUAUGUCCUUGGGGAAACCAGCAGCUAGUCUUGCCGUACACACAGACAAGGUACAGACUCUUCAGUUUCAUCCAUUUGAAGCACAGACUCUAAUUUCUGGAUCAUAUGAUAAGUCAGUGGCUCUGUAUGACUGCCGGAGUCCAGAUGAAAGCCAUCGAAUGUGGCGAUUCAGUGGGCAGAUUGAGAGAGUGACUUGGAAUCACUUUUCACCUUGUCAUUUUUUGGCCAGUACAGAUGACGGCUUUGUAUAUAAUUUGGAUGCACGUUCAGAUAAGCCAAUUUUUACACUUAAUGCACACAAUGAUGAAAUCUCUGGUCUUGAUCUAAGCAGUCAAAUCAAGGGCUGUCUUGUGACUGCAUCAGCAGAUAAGUAUGUGAAGAUCUGGGACAUAUUAGGAGACAGGCCAAGUCUAGUUCACUCAAGGGACAUGAAAAUGGGAGUUCUCUUCUGUUCUUCCUGUUGUCCUGAUUUGCCAUUUAUUUAUGCUUUUGGAGGUCAGAAAGAAGGGCUUCGGGUCUGGGACAUAAGUACAGUCUCUUCAGUAAAUGAAGCAUUUGGAAGACGAGAGAGGCUUGUUCUCGGCAAUACAAGAAAUUCAUCUAUUAGUGGCCCUUUUGGGAGCAGAAGCUCAGAAACACCAAUGGAAUCUUAAAAAGCUGGCCUAAAAAUUCCCUGUGUAGCUGCAACCAUGCACACAACAAACAGAACGGCCAGACAUUCCUCUCUGCAACUGCGGGGGCAGCACAGACAGGGCUGGUCGUUGUGCGUACCUUUCAAGCUUGUGGUAUGUAUACUCCACCUGCAUUUCUUGAAAGGGAUAAUAAAAGUUUUUUUUUUAAGUAAUUCCUUAAAUAUACCAUCUAUCAUAGGUCAUCGAGGGUUGUAAAAUAGUUACUACUUGAUAGAAUUUUAAAAGAGGAAAAUUCUCUAAUCUUAAAAGAUGGUGAACAGAGGCCUGGAAACUUGGUGAUUAGGCCAAGACUGCACCUUCCUGACUGACUGUUCUCCAAUUAAUGUUCAUGAUUUAGAAGUGUUCUAAAAUUGGCAUGCCUUUUUUUUGUCCCUAUCAUGGUAUCAUGUUAUCAAACGAAACAGGCAUUACAUAAUGAUAAAAGGGGUCAGUCCAACAAGAGGACAUAACAUUUGUAAAUAAGUAUUUUAGGUGCCCCUAUAUUGGGUGCAUAAAUAAAGCAAAUGGUAAAAGAGCUAAAGGGAGAAGUAACAGUACAAUAAUACAACCCUACUUUCACCAAUGGGUAGAUCGUUCAGACAGAAACUGUAUUAUACAGCUAUAGUAAUCAAAACAGAGUAGAGAGCCCAGAAAUAAACCUAUACAUAUGGUCUGUUUAUGACAACCAAGAACAUACAGUGGGAAAAGAGCAGUCUCUUCAGUAAAUGGUGCUGGGAAACUGGACCACUGUCUUACACCAUACA